GAGCCGCAGCGGCGCCGUCAAUCAGCGGCUCCCCCCGCACCCCCCCUACCCCCACCCUCCGCCCUCCCCUCCCGCACGCCUCGGCGCGCUGCAUCGGGCUCGGUGACAGCAGCGAGCUGGAGACACCCUCGCCGAGCGCGGCGGGAGGUUCCGCUCCCAGCCAGCACCGAGAACCGGGCGCAGCCGAGCCCCCGCCGCCCGCCUGGCAGGGCUGCCGAAGCAUGCGGAGCCAUGGGCCAGGGCUGUGGACACUCCAUCCUCUGCCGGAGCCAGCCGUACCAGGCGGCCGCGUCUGACCUACGGGGCCAGCAGGUUUUCUUGAAGGUGGAGGACGCCGUGCCCGGCUCCGAGGCGUUACAGGACGCCCUGCUGAGCCUGGGGGCCGUGCUCGACGUCUCCUGCCUGCGGGACGCCCUCCGCCAUGCCCUCGUCUCCCUGCUGCCCAGAGUGGAGCACGUCUACAUCUACCUGCUGGAUGGGGAAACCCGGCUGAUCUGCGACGACCCCCCCCACGAGCUGCCGCCCGAGGGGAAGCUCAGGGAUGCGGUGCGGAGGCAGAAGCGGCUGGAGUGUGGGGGGCUGCCCCCCGCCGAGCUCCCUGGCCGGCAGCUGGGCCCCCUCGCAGCACCCCUGGCCCCCGGCACGCAAGUGCUCAUCAUCCCGCUGGUGGACAAGGACAGCGGGGCUGUGGUGUGUGUCAUCCUGGUGAGUGUGGGGACGUGGGCAGGGCUCUGGGGGACAGGGACGGGGCCCCGAAGCUUGGGUCCACAUGCCACAACCCCCCUCCAGGUACACUGCGGCCAGCUGAGUGACUCUGACGAGCAGAACCUGCGUGCGCUGGAGAGACACACCCUGGUGGCAUACCAGCGCCUGCAAGCCCUGCAGAAGCUGCAGCCCUGGCCGCAGGUCAGCCUCUCCACCAGCUCUUCCCAGAACUCCCUGGCCAAGCCCGAGAAGGCGCCCGACAGCGGCUACAGCGAUCUGGACUGCAAGAUCCUGCAGCUCUGCGGUGAGCUGUACGACCUGGAUGCCGCCUCACUCCAGCUCAAGGUCAUCAACUAUCUGAAGCAGGAGACCCAGUCGCUCUGCUGCUGCCUCCUGCUCGUCUCUGAGGAUAACCACCAGCUCUUCUGCCAGGUGGUGGGGGACCGGGUCCUGGAGGAGGAGAUCAGCUUUUCGCUCACCUUCGGGCGCCUGGGGCAGGUGGUGGAGGACAAGAAGUCCAUCACCUUGAAGGACAUCAGCGAGGAAGAGCACAAGCAGCUGAGCAGCAUGUUGGGCUGCCAGGUCACCUCCAUGCUCUGCGUCCCCGUCAUCAGCCGGGCCACCUCCCAGGUGGUGGCAUUGGCCUGCGCCUUCAACAAGCUGAGCGGGGAGAGCUACACAGAGGCAGACGAGCACAAGAUCCAGCACUGCUUCUGCUACACCUCCACGGUGCUCACCAGCACGCUGGCCUUCCAGAAGGAGCAGAAACUCAAGUGCGAGUGCCAGGCCCUGCUGCAGGUGGCAAAGAACCUCUUCACGCAUUUGGACGACGUCUCCGUCCUGCUCCAGGAGAUCAUCACGGAGGCACGAAACCUCAGCAACGCGGAGAUAUGCUCCGUGUUCCUGCUGGACCGGCUCAGCCACGAGCUGGUGGCCAAGGUGUUUGAUGGCGGCGUGGUGGACGACGAGAGCUACGAGAUCCGCAUCCCGGCGGACCAGGGCAUCGCCGGGCACGUGGCCACCACCGGCAAGAUCCUCAACAUCAAGGACGCGUACUCCCACCCGCUCUUCUACCGGGGGGUGGACGACAGCACCGGCUUCCGCACCAGGAACAUCCUCUGCUUCCCCAUCAAGAACGAGAACCAGGAGGUCAUCGGGGUGGCAGAGCUGGUCAACAAGAUCAACGGCCCCUGGUUCAGCAAAUUUGACGAGGACCUGGCCACUGCCUUCUCCAUCUACUGCGGCAUCAGCAUCGCCCACUCGCUGCUGUACAAGAAGGUGAACGAGGCGCAGUACCGCAGCCACCUGGCCAACGAGAUGAUGAUGUACCACAUGAAGGUGUCGGACGAUGAGUACACCAAGCUGCUGAGCGAGGGCAUCCAGCCCGUGUCAACCAUCGACCCCAACUUCGCCAGCUUCACCUACACGCCGCGGUCGCUGCCUGAGGAUGACACCUCCAUGGCCAUCCUGAGCAUGCUGCAGGACAUGAACUUCAUCAACAACUACAAGAUGGAUCGUCAGACCCUCACCAGGUUCUGCCUGAUGGUGAAGAAGGGCUACCGCGACCCCCCCUACCACAACUGGAUGCACGCCUUCUCCGUCUCCCACUUCUGCUACCUGCUCUACAAGAACCUGGAGCUCGUCAACUACCUGGAAGACAUCGAGAUCUUUGCCCUCUUCAUCUCCUGCAUGUGCCACGACCUGGACCACAGAGGCACCAAUAACUCCUUCCAGGUGGCCUCGAAAUCAGUCCUGGCCGCGCUGUACAGCUCAGAGGGCUCCGUCAUGGAGAGGCAUCACUUCGCCCAAGCCAUCGCCAUCCUCAACAGCCAGGGCUGCAACAUCUUCGACCACUUCUCCCGCAAGGACUACCAGCGCAUGCUGGACCUCAUGAGGGACAUCAUCUUGGCCACCGACCUGGCCCACCACCUGCGCAUCUUCAAGGACCUCCAGAAGAUGGCAGAAGUGGGCUACGACCCCAAGAACAAGCAGCACCGCAGCCUGCUGCUCUGCCUGCUCAUGACCUCCUGCGACCUCUCCGACCAGACCAAGGGCUGGAAGACCACCAGGAAGAUCGCGGAGCUGAUCUACAAGGAGUUCUUCUCCCAGGGUGACCUGGAGAAGGCCAUGGGCAACCGCCCGCUGGAGAUGAUGGACCGGGAGAAAGCCUACAUCCCCGAGCUGCAGAUCAGCUUCAUGGAGCACAUCGCCAUGCCCAUCUACAAGUUGCUGCAGGACCUCUUCCCCAAGGCGGCGGAGCUCUACGAGAGGGUGGCCAGCAACCGGGAGCAGUGGACGAAGGUCUCCCACAAAUUCACCAUCCGGGGUUUGCCCAGUAACAACUCCCUGGACUUUCUGGAUGAGGAAUAUGACCCGCAGGCCCCCGACCCCCAGUUCAACGGCUGCCUGGAGCCCGAGGGGGGGCAGCCCGAGGCGGGGGCUGAGUGA